CUGUGAUGAUCCUUCUGUGGUGUUAGUUCUUGUUCUUCGUGCGAGUGUUCAGUUGUUCGAGUCUAUCUGAUCGCUUGACAUCAACGUGGGACAACAACACAGAGAAACACCAAACUGAUCAGACGAGGUGGCUCUAAAAACACAAUUCUGGACAACUGAAGUAUCAUCCUCAUCAUUUGUGUCUCCCUCCACACAUGCAAUAUAUUAAAAUUGUGGCCGUUCGACGGUUUGAUCUCAAUGUGGUUUGAAACACCUUUCAGUCAGUCUCAGCCAUCUGAAUCUGAAAUAGUGAGUGUCUCCUGAAAGCAAAAAAAGGCAAAACAAACGCGCUCUCGUCGACUUGUUCGAUCACUUCUUUGAAGAAAAACAACCUAAGAAACGGAAUAGUGUAUGGCGACCAUCGCAGGAGGCAAGAACUUGGAUAUGAACUGACCUCACGUGAACGUUUUAGCCGUGGUCGCGCGAUUGCUUGCUUCAUUGCCUAUUUUUGGUUGGAUGCUUCCCCAUUUGACAUGAAGCCCUCUCGCCCAUUGAUCUCAGCAUUCACAUCCAAAGAUUAGUGUCCAAUCAUAGUGUUGACCCUUUGCUAUUGCAACAGGUCCAUAAACAAGCCCCAUGAUGGAACCUAUGCAAGACAAGCCCGAGGAUUUGUCCAUGAAAUCCUCAUCCAACUCGAACUCGCCACCUUUACUGGGUUCGUCUCGGAAAAUCAAACCCAUCCCACCUCCAUUGGACUUAAAUGCUCGCACACUCGACGAGCCAUCUGAUCUCAGACUUCCCAAAUCUCCCGGUGAUUUGCCCCGGGAAUGUCUACCAAUUAGGAAAAGACCUUUGCUGGAAGUUCGGCGUGACCUGCAUGACAUCAAGUCUCCCAAAAGUGCUGGUCCGAAUGAUCUUGGACCGUCUUUCCUCGAUUUCCGUAACGUAAAUACGGCUCCCUCAAGUCCCCUUGGUUCUGCACCGCCUCGUUUGCCGUUUCCCUCAUCAACGCUCUCAUUGACACCCUCAUCAGGAUGUUCAUUGGCUUCGUCCAACUCGGCGUUUACUCAUUUCCCUGUCCCGCCCCUAAUCAAGGCCCAUGCCCUGGCUGCGGUCUCGGCUGGCCUCCCCAAGUCCCCUUUCUUAACCUCCUCUGGAAACGGAUAUCCUACACCCCCCACUGAUCUCCCGUCCCCUUUUGGAUGGAACGUCCCGUUCUCCCAUCAAAGCAUGUUCUCGUCGUUCAGCCCCGUGUUGCCGCAUUCCCCACUUCCCUUCCCAAGUACGGCCCUCCUCUCUCCCGCCCCUUCCUCGUACCCAUCAAGCACCAAUUCCUCAAGGGAGGAUCUGCCCCAUGGAGCCGGGACUAGCAGUGCAACAACCAUGUCAAUGGAAUCAGAAUCAAAAAGACGAUAUCUUUCGGCGAGUUCCUCCAAUACUCAAAUGCAUCCCGAUAGCACCUCACCUGUUCCCUCUUCGCCUUUGAUUUCUCCAAGGCGAUCGUGGUCCCAUGCCUGGCCCACUCCAAAGUGGCUUUGCUUUGUGAGUGGGACCAUGAUCAAGUUCUUGAUUCCCACUUUGGACACUCCUUGGCAACAAGUUGAAGAGUUGGCUCUCAAGGAUUUGAUGGCCAAGGAUUGCAGAAAUCCUUUCCAGUAUGCCCCCAAUGGUCUAACAAUUGUCAAGAUUGAUGUGAUAUCGCACGAUCCCAUGGUGGGUAGCGGCCCUGGCAAUGCCGCUUCUCGCCGCUCCGUGUCUCAGGAUGGGGUGGUCAAACUUGAGCAGCAGCAGCAGCAGCAGCACCCCGCCUCCUCGUCGUCGUCCUCGUCGACUUCGUCGUCCCAUUUUCCUGGCGGGGACUCUGCCCGAAGUUCCCAAACCCUUCUUAUCUUGAGGAUGGCUCCCCACCGAGAGGACAAUGCCACUGAGCUGUUGGCUGAAACCGCGCUUGACCAUCCAUUCUAUGUCAAGGAACGAGGAUGGUGUUCCAUCCAGCCCCGGAUGACUUCCGAGAAGUAUGGCAUUCCUUGUCAAGAGAUCUCGGUCGGCGACGUGUGUAUUCCUCCCAAUCAUCCUGAAGCUGUCAAGACACCGGAUCUCAGUGACCGAUUGCGUCGAUUCGAAUUCGAUGAUCCUCAAUCCCCGUUGGCACGAAAUUUCCAUCAAAGACUUCCAACGUCUGUCCCGUCAGCCUUGACCACCUCGUUGGGGAAGUCCAUGAUGUCACCGCCCAUUUCUCCGGCAAAAAAGAAAGAAAAAGAUCCGGAGAAGCCCAAGAGGCCCAUGAACGGGUUCAUGCUUUUUGCUAAGAAGUUCAGAUUGGAGCUUAUCCAGCAACACCCGGGAAAAGACAAUCGGGCCAUCAGCGUUCUUUUAGGCGAAGCAUGGAAAGGAUUACCACAGGAGGAACGCGAAAAUUACUCCCAUCGAGCUAAACUCAUGGCUGAGGAGCAAAAGAAACUUCAUCCAGAUUGUUGGAAACGAAAGCGAACCAUCAACAACACUAGUACAACCACAACCACACCAAACAACAAUACAAUCAACAACUUGGGAAGCAAUGCUUGUGCCAGUAAUAACGGGUCCUCCUCUAUAACCUCCUCCCCCUCCUCCUCAUCGUCGACAACGUUAAUCACGACGACUAGUGCUCCAACCAUAUCGGUUGGGAUGAUGUCACACCUCCAUCAUCAGCAUCAACAACAACAACAGCAGCAUCUCCAUCAUCAACAACAGCUACAGCAUCAAAAUCACAAUCAUCAAAACAACAGCAACAACUUUUCGAUCACCAACCUCACAUCGGUCUCGUCGCCCUCGACGGUAAUGCCAUCCAAUCUUAAAUACGAAAUGGGAAUGGGCCCUAUUCGACCCACCGCAGUCCCGGCUCAACCUUUAUCGGGUUUGCCUGGAUCUGAUCGUUUGGUGACGGUUUCGAGUGCCACCGCCACAUCUUGAAUCUCAUGAAACACACCUUUUAUGUUUUUGCUGUUACCAUUGUUGUUAUUAACGCUGCUGUUGUUGUUGUCGCUGCCACUAUUACUACUACUACUACUACUACUACUACUACUACUACUACUACUACUACUACUACUACUACUACUACUACUACUACUACUACUAAAACUACUAGUACCAACACCGCCACCAUCAUUGUUAUCACGUGUACUACUUUAUCGGUGUACUCAGUUGGAACAGAAAGAAAGCAUGCCCUUCAUCCAGGAAAGCUUGCUUUCAAAUUCAUUUUUGCAAUAUUAUAUCUUGAAUUCAAAAAAAAACCUCUCUUGAGUAAUCAAGUCUUUCAUGUUCAAUUUCCCUUGCUGAAGCGAGACUUAUCAUUAUGGUUAUUUCUAUUCUACGUAUGAACAACACAAUCAAAGACAUCCGUUUUCAAAAAAAAACCUUUCAUUUUGAGUUGAUCACAUCGCUGAUGAUUAGUCUUGUUUACACAUACUCUUCUGUCAAACUCUUGCGUUAGAGAUCAAAUUUUAAACCCGCUCAUUCCUUUUGGCAUUAUAGUUUUCAUUCCAAAAACAAGAGUUCUCUGACACAGAGAUCGUGCAAAUGUGAGUAGAAAUACCAGCACAGGAAUAUUUGCACCCAUUCAAUCAUCGGUAGUGUAAGCUUUCCAACCAUUUGGUAGAGUAGACCUCAUUUUCCCCACAUUUUUUCGUGGACUCAUCCAACCAUCAAUUCACUACUGAUGUUUCAGUGUCUGAAGUAAUUAAACACAACGCAAUGUGCUUGUAAAUCUGUGAUAACUUUUUCAAUGUGCUUAUGUGGCUUCAACUUGCCCACACACUCCCCCCCCCUCUCUCUCCAUGGGAAGGGAGGGAGGGAGCUCAGAUCUUGGAAGUGUAACUUGAUUAUGAACCCACUCCCACCACCUCUUCUUUGACUUCUUCCUUUUCUUCUUGCCUCUGUGGCCGUCUAAUUGCCUGCAAUGUUUCAACUAGGAACCCAAACAUAUCCCAAUCUAUUAAUAGGUGUGUAUUUGUGACUACCUUUUCUCGACGAUCCCUCCAUCCCUCCAUUCAAAGAGAGCCCGCAGGUGCUGCUCUAUAUUUAGCUCUAUUUUUGCUCGUGCCCAAAUGUCACUAACUUGAUUGUAUGGCAUUGUGGAGCACGCACUUCUUUUUUAGAACAAUCGUUGUCGUGAAACAUGUGAAAGCACUUGUGAUCUCAAAAAGUAUAUCAUAAUCAUUAUCCCAAAACUGUAUAUUUCUGGACACGAUCACGUUGGCCUUUUGGGACCAUCCCACAUCCUUGUCGUUACUCCCCAUCUCCGUCCCCGUUUUAGUGAUUGGGCGAAUGGAAAGAGUGGUGAAAGUCAGAAACUUGUGCUCAGACGAAAUGACAUCUGCGAUUCCUAUCAUACGAGUUGGCAAAUUGGGUGCAAUUCGAAAUGUCUCUAUUUCUCAAGAUUGUUAAUUGAUCAAUGGAUAUUAUUGUUCUUCAUAGUGUGUGCGUGUACUUGUACGAAUACGUCAUCCGUGCGUUUCCCGCCAAGUUGUUAUCCGUGAUCUUGUCUCGUUUCCUUGACCUCCAAAUCAUUCUGCUUUCAUAGCUCCCAUCCCUCCAAUGGAUCCCCUCCUCAAGCACAAUCAAUUUUGCUCAAGUGUACCACCUACAUCCCUACAUAGUAUACGGCUCUUCUCCUCAAUGAUUAGAUUACUUGUUAACCGAUGUCUAUUGCAACCCUCUCCCUUUCCGAAUCUUCCAGCAUUGAUAUCUUGCUCAAGACCACAUUUCCUCAUUUGCGAGGCCCUCUUUGUCCAGUCUACUCGUUUGGGUGGACCUGAAUUUGUCAGCACCCAAUCGCCCUCACCCUCCGCACCCUCCUCACCUCACCUCACGUCUUAUUGAAAGUUCCGUGCCGAAAAACGAAAGCUAAGGUGGUCGAUAAAACUCGUGAUGUUCCUGUUCCCCGUCCGUGUUCAAACAGUGUCCAACAAAAGUACGCCAAUCAAUUGAAACUGAUGUAACAUUAUCAUUCUAAUGGUAUUGGCAUUACAAGAGCUACUGCUACUACUACUACUAUUAUUAUUAUUAUUAUUAUCAUCAUCAUUACUACAACAACAACAACCACAACAACAACCACAACAACAACCACAACAACAACCACAACAACAACCACAACAACAACCACAACUACUACGAUUAUACUAAAGAAUUGGAAGCAAAGAACUGCGCUAUGUUCCCCUUUCAAAUGUUUGCUGUGAAUCUCUAAAAACAAAAACAAAAACGGAAAAAGAAGAACCCAAUCCUAUCAAGUAUUUUUCUCGAUAUUCUCGUAUUCGAACAGACUAAAUAAAUGAAUGUUGUCAUAAUGGCGAGUCUCGA